AUGAAGGAUAUCCAGAGUCAAAGCAAUACAUACCUCAUAUCUGGGAAUCCAGCAACGCAAAUACCAAACAAGAUGAAACCCCGUGUUCAAGUUCUCAAGAGUUCUGAUGAUGGGUCCGAUCAGGCAUCCCAUGGCGACGAUGGCACCUUGUCACAUCUCGCUUCCUGCUUGAAUGCUUUCCUUUGUUGGAAGUGGAGCCGGACCGUUGCCCUACGCGUGCUCUUCGUCACCAGCAUCAUCAUCGCAAUCUUCAUAUGCAGCCUGGUGUCGUAUCUGAUAAUCCGUGACUUGGAGUACGAGGUUGGCCACCAAACAUAUGAAAGCGUCGCGGCCAGUGCCUUGAAAGCCGCCCGCGCAAUCACCCUUCGAAAAUAUCAAGCCGCCAAGGUCAUGGAGUCCGUCCUAAGUUACGCCUUUCCGGAUGCUGAAAUGUGGCCUUAUGUGGGUCUCAACGGGUACUUUCACACAUCGAGGGAAGUGGCUGCAUUGGCGAGCACGGGCUCGAUGGGUAUGAGCGUCUUUGUCCAGCCUCCCGAGGCAGCAGCCUUUGAAAGCUUUAUUCAGGAGCACUUUGACCAGCAGGGCUACCCACCGGAUGCCGGGCUCAGCGAUUUUGGAUUCGGCAUUUAUACAAGGGAUCCGGACUCUCCUUUUGCCGAUGGUAGGGUUCCGUCGCGUACGGGAAACGACACAUCGGACGGGGGAAGUCCAUACACGAUUCUAGCCCCUAUAAUGGAUCAUUCUAUGUGGAACACCAACGCUCUCAUGUACGACGUACAUUCCACAGACACUGCUGUUGAUGCCCUUUUUGAGUGCACUGAACAUGCAACCCAGAAUUCUGACUUCCUGGCAACAAUGACAGACGCACCUACUGCACCCCAAAAGCCUGCUUGCACGGUGAGCACGGGUUUCAAGAAGUUGAUCAGUCGACCAGACCUUGCAACAUUGGUCGACCAGCCAAUAUACCCAGCCAAUGAUCCUACUACAGUGGUGGGCUUUGUUGGAACGUCUAUCCAGUGGAUCGAGGUGCUUGACCAAAUCGUGCCGGAUUUCUUUGAUACUCUAGUCGCAGUAAUAUCUACGGAUUCACAAUGGCAUUCAAACACUGACUUCGGUACCGUGACGUAUAUCAUUCGACAUGGGCACGCGGUCUUUCUUGGCGAAGGAGAUCAGCACGAUAGAAGAUUCGACUCAUCUGCCCGGUCGAUAGUGUUGAACGAUGUCGCGGGAGCAACGAAGUCGGUGCAUGUAACGCUCACAGUAUACCCAAACUCAUUUGAUCAGUUCGCCACCAAAAGUCCAUUGGCCGUGUCAUUGGGAUUUGCGGCAGUCAUUGCGAUAUGCACAGUGAUCUUCUUUGUGUAUGACUUCUUGAUGCAAAGUGACAUCAACGAGCGCAAGGUUGUGUUGGAGAUGAAGCGUCGAUUCGUCCGCUUCAUUUCUCAUGAAAUACGAACGCCAUUGAACACUGUUUGCAUGGGGUUGGAGCUACUCGAGUCAGAGCUGGGGCCGCACAGAGAUCGAAAUGUCACACCUGAGGCUUCGAGUUCGUCGCUUGCGCCAGAGAGCUCUUCUGGAGCCAGUGUUGACUACUGGUACGAUAUCACCCGAGACAUACAAGAGAACGCUUCCAGUGCAGUGGGGAUUCUGAACGAGUUGCUGAAAUAUGAUAAGAUCGAAACUGGCAACCUGGAGCUGGAAAUCGGACAGGUCUUGAUGUGGGACCUGGUCGCAAAAGUUGUCAGUCAGUUCAGGCUUCAGGCUGUAAACAAGGAAGUAGACCUUUCGUUUACCGUUACGGACAACCACAGUGACCGCGACCCAGAAGUUGGCGAGGGAAUGGUGUCCGAAAGUCUGCGAGAACUAGUUGUUGUCGGGGAUCCCAUGCGACUAAGUGAGGUUGUAAGAAACGUCAUAUCUAAUGCUCUUAAAUUCACCCCCAUUGGCGGACUGAUCAAGGUUUCAGUCGAGUACAAGAAAGAUGGUUUACCAGAGAAGCGGAGUUGGGGAAGGAAACGAAAUUUUCAGCUCACGUCAAAUUCGACUGACCAGAUGCAGGCGUCAGAUCAAAGCACUGGAGAUUCCAAUUCCCUGGCAUGUUUCUACAGCUUCCCGCGCGCUGGAUCUAUCCUGAUUAGUGUGACAGAUACUGGGGUGGGCAUGUCAGAACAUCAGCUAUCGCGCGUUUUCGUCGAAGGCGUUCAAUUCAACGCAAACAGGCUGCAGGCUGGUGGUGGAAGCGGGUUAGGACUAUGCAUCAGCAAAGGCAUUAUCGAACGGCACCGCGGUGCCAUUGUUGCAUCAUCGGCUGGUGAGGGCAAAGGCUGCACCUUCAGCGUGGAACUUCCUCUGUACGAUUCAAGUUGCGAUCAAUUCAAAACUGAGUCGCUGGUUUCUGAGAAGUUGCCUACAAUGGCUGAUUCCGCUGACACAUGCCCAGACAAAGUGGCUCCUACUGGCACCGGCAGUAUGGCAGUGGACAUGGAGACCGUACCAACCAUCGAAGACGACCGAAGGCUCGAAGCCAGUUCAACCCCUCAAGAGAAACAAUGUUUGGCACCGUCGACAACGCCACUUGGCUCGACGCGAGGUUCUUCAGUUCCUGCCCCGCCACCCUCAACGCCGUCAAAGGCAGAAACGCAGAAGCACACAGUGUUGGUCGUGGAUGAUGUGCUGUCAAAUCGCAAGAUGCUAGUUCGAUUGUUGGAACGAGCAGGACACCAGUGCUUCUCUGCAUGCGACGGACAGGAAGCCAUUGAUACCGUUGUGGCCAACCGGAAAGCCGCUACGAGUACGGCUGAUGCGCAGAGCGACGAAGGAACCAUUGCCCCGGACAUGAUCGACACCGUGCUCAUGGACUAUGAGAUGCCAGUCAAGAAUGGACCAGACGCCACGUUUGAUCUGAGACAGCUGGGGUUUAAAGGGGCAAUUAUAGGUGUUACCGGGAAUGUCCUUCAUGAGGACGUCGACUACUUCAAAAAGAAGGGCGCAAACGAUGUCCUACCCAAACCGGUCAGCAUGAAGUUGCUCAAGGACUACUGGGCAACCCACCAGACUGGCUCGCGGCCACCUUCAAGCGAGUGGCAGGAUCGAAAGGACCCAAGAGUACAUGGCGUUGGUACCGGUAGAAAUACAGGCGCGAGUCGCGGUAGCAAAGAUGUUGAGCAGUCCGUCGAAGGGGCAGUUGCAGCGUAGGUUGGACGAGUGCCACCGGUAGAUCUAAUAAGCAAAUGCACUGCAUACUCUUCCAAAAAAGUCUAUUGUUGAUUGUUUCUGCAUCACAAGUUGUCUCGAGCUCAAUGGGAAACACGGCUAGAUUGGGUUCCUUCUCUACCAGCUCUAAAAGAACCGGCACGAGUGUUCGUAUGUGACUUUCAUAAAACAUGAGUGGACAGAAUGGCGCAGCGCGGCUGGUCAAUUUUGCCAUGAGGUACUUUCAGCCAGCUUCCCAUGCAGCGAUCAGAUUGUACUGGAAAGCAGUUACCACCGCAUGCACCAUCAGGUCAACAUCCAGAGAAGCAUCUAUCUCCUGAUUGGUUAGAUUCUCCAUGUAUGUUGUCAACACCCGAU